AUGGGAACAAAAACUAUGAAUAGGAGGAGUGUCGUGAUAUUUCCAUGGCUGGCGUACGCCACAUUACACCCUUCAUCGGACUGGCCAAGAAUCUUGCAGACAGAGGUUUCUUGGUCCAUUUAUGUUCGACCCCAGAUCAAAAACAACAUUUCUCAAUCCUAUUCCCAAUACAUUCGAUUACUGGAACUCCAUCUUCCAGAAUCGCCGGAUCUUCCUCCUCAGUACAAGACCACCAAUUGCCUCCCGCUCCACCUCCACGAUGCCCUCAAAAAGGUCCUGAAAAUGGCGGAACCUGAUUUCACCAAACUCUUGAAAACCUUGAACCCGGAUUUGCUAAUCUAUGAUGUCGUGCAAUUAUGGGCGGAAAAGGUUGCCUUGUCGCUUGAUAUCCCUUCUGUCCGGUUCUUCUCCGCCAGCGCCGCCAUGUGCUCGUACUUCACGCACAUGUUGACUAAUCCAGGCGCCGAGUAUCCCUUCCCGGCUCUCCGUCUCCGGCGAUACGAACAAACGAGAACUUGCGAGCUCAUGAAUCAGGGGACCCUCAGCGACAUGAUCGAGGCUUCAAUUCCGGCGGGCUGCCGAAGUUAA